ACAGAUUAACUAUGAUGAAAGAUAUAGUAAUAGAGGAGGAAAUGGAAAACAAACCAUUAGUUGGAUUGGAGAGCCAUAGACGGCUAGCAGUAAAGGCAAAGGAUGGAUUGACUAAAGACAUGAUUCAUUUCUGGAUGAAAGGAGAUAUCAAGAAGGCAAGGAAAGAUAAUCUGAUAGAAGACCAUAAUUUGAAGGACAAAUAUCUCGAAGACAGAAGUGCUAUUUUAACUUCUUUCCUUGCUCAAAAGGCAGUAGUCGUUUUAUCGCGUCCCAUGAAAUGGCUCGGCUCUCAUGCCGACUCUCUUCUCAACCUUACUUCAGCCAAUCAUGGAUUUUCCACCCUAUUGAUUAAUUAUGCCAUAGGUAAGUUGAAGAAACCGAAGAAGGAAGAACAAGUGUCUGUGAUUGGGCAUUUAGACAGCAGAUUUGAAUUAGAUAGAAACAUAAAGCUAGAUGAACCUAAGUAUUUUCCAGCCUUAUGUGCUAUGGCUUCAAAGAUAGCUUACGAGAGCCCCGACUUCAUUCAGAAUGUCGUUGAAAACAGUUGGAAGAUGAAAAUGGUGGGAGUUGGAGCUCAAGCCUUUUGGAAUGAUUAUCAUGGGAAGAACACAACUCAUGCAUUCAUGAUGGAAGAUAGAGACCGAGUGAUCGUGGCCUUUAGAGGCACACAAGUUUUCGAUCCAGACACGUGGGAGAUGGACGUGGACAUCUCCUGGUUCAAAUUCAAAGGGGCGGGCAUAACCCACAUGGGUUUCAUGAGAGCUCUCGGCUUAGUAGAGACGGAAGAUGGUAUCAAAGGAUGGCCUACGACACUUCAAGAUGAGACAAAUCCAAGAGCUUACUAUGCCAUUAGGGAUUCGCUUAAAAUCCUUCUAGUCAACAACAACAAGAAGUUCAUAGUCACCGGCCACAGCCUAGGCGGGGCAUUGGCAGUACUUUUUACAGCUGUAUUGGGUUUCCACGCUGAAAAUGAGUUGUUGGAUAGGCUAGAGUCCGUUUAUACAUUUGGCCAGCCCAGGGUGGGUAAUGAAAAGUUCGGAAUGUUCAUGGAGAAGAUAACUAUGAGAGACGAUCAGACAAGUAAGUAUAUCAGGUUCGUUUAUGGGUCUGAUAUUGUGCCAAGGCUGCCGCCAUGGGGUUAUAGUUACAAGCAUUUUGGGACAUGCGUAUACUUCAACAGCUUCUAUGAAGCCCAUAUUAUAAAAGGGGAAAUUGAAGAAGAUUAUUUCUCUAUAAGGUCAAGAUUCAUCGGGAGAGGAAUUGCGGGGUGGGAGAUGGUUAGAAGCAUUCUCAGGUUUAAUGUAAUGAAUGGAAGAGACAAUAACAAAGAAAGCAUACUUAUGACAUUGAUAAGAGCAAGCUUUCCAGAGGCAGCUGCUCAUGCUCCUUCUGAUUAUGUCAAUGCCACCAGGCUUGCUUCUAAUUUGAUCUUCACAAUAAAAUUCGGUUUAUAUGGUUUAGGAAAUAACCCAGGGUUCAAGAACAUAGCAAAUUAAAGAAAUCUCCAACAUAAGAAGUACUUCAGUUUAACUUCGGGUAAAUUUAUAUUGAAUUCAGUGCCUAGAACGACUCCUACCCCUGCACAACACACACACACACAAAAACUGCUAAUUGUUAAAAUCCGAGAUGGGAUCUGAAAGCUGCACAAAACAACCAUAAGUAGGACUGAACCAACAUCACCUUGGAGAAUGAGAGGGUGACUUUGAAUGAGAACGAGAUCUGGAUCUAGACCUAGAACGUGAUCGUCCACGAGAUAUACGACUUCUACUUGGAGGAGGACUCCUGCUUCUUCCAUAUCUGUGAACAAUUGGACAAGUAGAAUAUGAAAUUUACAUGUUACCACCAUAUUACUUACCAAACAUCUUAAACUAAUUAUUGUGAAAGGAUAAGAUUGUAUUAUUGUUUAGGGUAAUUGUGUGAUAUGUUUCUAAAGACUGGGUUGUUUC